UAUUGUUGUUAUCUUUGCAAUUGUUCUUGUUUAAUUGUGUGUGCGAGAUGUCGGACCGUGAGCUGGACGAUGACCACGAGAUAAACGUGAUGGACACGGACAGUCGUCUGUCGCAUAGCGACAGCGAACCUAGGAGUCACUGUUCGAGUCCGGAUCAAGUCAAUCAAAUAUCUCAUCAUCACCAUAACCAUCAUCAUCAUCAGCCGACGACGACGACGACCACGACCACGACAACUCUACCGUUCAGCAUUUCGAAUUUGCUGGGAAAGAAUUUCGAUCAGAAGAGCGAAAGCGACGAGGCUGAAGUCGCGAACAGUCUCUACCAUCAAGCGAACAUCCUGCAGCAGAGAGGAGCACUCGGUGGAUUCGUGCCCACCGGGUUCUACACGCAAGGGGUGCUCCGGGUGCCGGCGCACAGACCGAUCGGAGGAGGCGGUGGCGGUGGAACGACGGGCGGCGGUGGUGGUGGAGGCGCCGGGCCCACCAGCCCGUCGACGGUAUUCACACCAUGGACGCUCGGUCUGGAUCCGGUCCUGCAAAGAUCGGCCGCCGCAGCCGCCUUCGCAUCACAAGUCGUCAAAGACAGAUUAGCCG